GCAUUGGCUAGCAUUUACGGAGGAGGGACAUCAAUUUACAACAGUUUCUUUGUACGUGGAUGGAGUGGGGAUACGAGAAAACACGCUGCUCUGACUCAAACCAACAGACACACCGCGGACUCCUCGUGGUUGAGCCCGGCCGGCAUAAGACCACACACCGGAUCGACAGAGAGAAGAAGAAGAACAAGAGGCGGCAAAGCAGGAAGCUUUUUGUCAACCAAUAGUGAGCAAAAAGAACAAGGAAACUCAGCCAAUGAUGUCAGGUUUGAAAAAGAGAAAUUCAAAUUCCUCGGCAGACAGGGAUGAGGAGGACAGGCAGGUAAAGGAAAGGAUGCUGUCCGGCGGGGACAAGGUGGAUUCCAACCUGGGUGGAGCACGGGGUAGCGACCCCGACAGCCCUGACAACAACGCCGCCAGAGGAGACGACGGGGGAGAAGGGGUCGCCCUGAAGAGGACCAUCACCCUGUUGAACGGCGUGGCCAUCAUCGUAGGCACCAUCAUAGGCUCGGGCAUCUUCGUCACACCCACCGGCGUGGUAAAGGAGGCCGGCUCGGUGGGUCUGUCCCUGGUCAUAUGGACGGUGUGCGGGGUGUUCUCCACGGUGGGAGCCCUCUGCUACGCGGAGCUGGGGACCACCAUCAGUAAGUCCGGCGGGGACUAUGCCUACAUCCUGGAGGUGUACGGCUCCCUGCCGGCUUUCCUCAAACUCUGGAUCGAGUUGCUCAUCAUCCGGCCGUCCUCCCAGUACAUCGUCGCCUACGUUUUCGCCACCUACGUUCUCAAGCCAGUGUUCCCGGAUUGUCCGGUGCCGGAGGACGGGGCCAAGGUAGUUGCCUGCCUCUGCAUCCUCUUGUUGACCUUCGUGAACUGCUACAGUGUGAAGGCGGCCACCAGAGUGCAGGACUUCUUUGCAGCGGCCAAGCUCCUGGCGCUUGGAAUGAUCAUCAUCAUCGGCUUUGUCAAGAUUGGCCAAGGUAACACGGACCGACUUCUUCCAGAAAAUUCCUUCGAGGGGUCCAAAUAUGAGUUUGGCAGCAUCGGCCUGGCACUCUACAGCGGUCUGUUUGCCUAUGGUGGCUGGAACUACUUGAAUUUUGUCACAGAGGAGAUGAUUGAGCCUUACAAAAACCUUCCCCGUGCCAUCAUCAUCUCUCUGCCCAUAGUGACAAUAGUGUACGUUCUGACCAACCUGGCAUAUUUCACCACCCUCUCCCCUGAGCAGAUGCUCGGCUCCGAGGCUGUGGCUGUGGAUUUUGGGAACUACCACCUGGGUCCGAUGGCGUGGAUCAUCCCGGUGUUUGUAGGUCUGUCCUGCUUUGGAUCUGUCAACGGCUCUCUGUUCACAUCAUCCAGGUUAUUCUUUGUGGGAUCCCGGGAGGGUCACCUGCCCAGUCUGCUGUCAAUGAUCCACCCCACCCUGCUGACCCCGCUGCCCUCACUCAUAUUCACUUGCAUAAUGACGCUGCUCUACGCUUUCUCCAACGACAUCUUCUCCGUCAUAAACUUCUUCAGCUUCUUCAACUGGCUCUGCAUCGCCAUGGCAAUCAUUGGGAUGAUGUGGCUCCGUUAUAAGAAGCCAGAGCUAGAGAGACCAAUCAAGGUGAGUCAAACGUGAUACAAUCAGCCCAUCGG